AUGGCGGACAGAUAUUCCUUCUCGCUCACCACCUUCUCGCCCAGUGGAAAGCUGGUCCAGAUUGAGUAUGCUCUCAACGCCGUCAACCAAGGUGUCACUUCGCUAGGAAUCAAGGCUACCAACGGCAUCGUCCUCGCGACCGAGAAGAAGUCAUCAUCACCCCUCAUCGACUCCGCAUCAUCAUCCAAGGUCAGCCUGGUAACACCAAACAUCGGCAUGGUCUACUCCGGCAUGGGCCCAGACUACCGCGUCCUCGUAGACAAGGCGCGCAAAGUCUCACACACCGAAUACAAGCGCAUCUACAACGAGUACCCGCCUACGAGGAUAUUAGUGCAGGAUGUGGCGCGAGUGAUGCAGGAGGCGACACAGUCCGGUGGUGUCAGGCCGUACGGUGUCAGCUUGCUGAUCGCUGGGUGGGACGACGGCAUUGAGCCCGAGGCCGAGGGCAAAAGCGACGAGCAGACGAGCGAAGAGAAGAAGAAAGUGAGCGGCAAGACGGGCGGCAUCCUCAAGGGCGGGCCGAGUCUCUACCAAGUCGACCCCAGCGGCAGCUACUUCCCCUGGAAAGCAACAGCAAUCGGAAAGAGCGCAACGAGUGCCAAAACAUUCCUCGAGAAGCGGUACACAGACGGUCUGGAGUUGGAGGAUGCCAUUCACAUUGCCCUUCUGACGCUGAAGGAGACGAUAGAAGGAGAGAUGAACGGCGACACUGUCGAGAUUGGCAUUGUUGGGCCUCCGGAGGAGAGGCUGCUCGGUGUCGAGGGUGUCGAAGGCGCAGUGGGCCCCCGUUUCAGGAAGCUGAGCCCUUCUGAAGUCGAGGACUACCUGACGAACCUGUAG